UGGUACAGUUCAUUCCUGGGAGGAGUUACGGCCUUCAGUUGGAGGCAUAUUGAAACAAUUAAUGGUGCUUCAAACCUCUUCUACGGCUGGGGUGGUGAAGACGAUGAACUUGCGGUUAGACUGCAGCUGAACAAUAUUACGGUGGAUCGACCUUCGGGCACCAAGGGAGUUUUCGCAGAAUUCGAUCGAAAUCAUCCUCGAGAAAGGAAUCCUCAGAGAAAGGAAUUAUUGAAGUCCAAAAUUGUGGCCUCUCGCUGGCGCAAUGAUGGUAUUAAUCAAACGCGUUACCAACUACUCGACAGACGUGACUACGAACAAUUUGUUUGGAUUCUUGCGGCGAUUUGA